ACUGGCUAUGCGGAGUCGGGAAGGAUGACCGCAGUGAUUGGCGCAGGCCGAGUCGGCAAGGCUACCUUCUUAGGCGCACUGGCUGGCGAGGAGAAUCAAACCAAGGGCAACAUCUACUACAAUGGACAUGAAGCUAGCGCUCUGGUGAGACGCCGCGCCACAGGGUACUGCUGGUUUGGUGGCGAGCAAACCGUUUGGCAUGGAACGACCACCGUCCACGAAGCCUUGGUCCUGAGUGCGAGUCUACGCCAAGACAGCGAGACCUCCGAUAGCCGCAAGCUCGAGGCAGUUCAGUCUUGGCUGGAGCUGCUAGGACUUACCGAGCUGGCUGAGCAGCCCUUGGAGCUGUGUUCCGCCGUGGAGACCCGCCUCGUGGCAAUCGGAGUCGAGCUUGCGUUCUCGCCAAGCGUGCUGCUUGUGGAUGAGCCUACGACUGGUCUGGACGAGACGGGUGCGAAGCGAAUUGUUCGACUGCUGCAGCAGGUGGCCUACACGGGUCGCACGGUUGUGUGCACUCUUGGCGAUUCGGUGUCCUCCACCGACUUGCGAGCGUUCGAUCGGCUACUACUGCUC